CACAUUCCGCGCGGGCGCCGGCGUCAUUGAAUUGCUCGAAAUUUCUGCGAUUUUACGAAAUUAACCAGCUGCCAUUCGCAAUUCACACGAAAUGUCCCUGGAACAGCUCAAGAGCGAUGUGGCCGAAAUUGCGGCCUUUCUGGCGCAGGCGAAAGGUGCCCGCGUAAAAGGCGUGCUGACCACCGCCAAAGCGGAGGCCGAGCGGGAGAUCGUCAACCUGGAGAUGAAGGCCAAGAUUGCCGCGGAGCGAGAGGCCUCGGGAUCCGGAGAUGCCAAGAGAUAUCUGCACGAGCUGACCAACUACGGCUGGGACCAGAGUGAGAAAUUCGUGAAGCUCUUCAUCACGCUGAACGGCGUGCAGGGCUGCACGGAGGAGGAUGUGACCGUCAGCUAUACGCCCACCUCGCUGCAGCUGCACGUUCGCGAUCUGCAGGGCAAGGACUUUGGCCUGACCGUAAACAAUCUGCUGCACGGCAUUGAUGUGGACAAGAGCUACCGCAAGAUCAAGCAAAAUAUGGUGGCCAUCUAUCUGAAGAAGUCCAAGGACGAUGUCCACUGGGACGUCCUCACCGCCAUCCAGAAGCGACUGAAACAGAAGGCCGACAGCGAGCUGAGCAAGGACAGCGAUAACCCGGAAUCGGCGCUGGUCAACAUCAUGAAGAAGAUGUACAACGAGGGCGACUCCAAGACGAAGCAGAUGAUUGCCAAGGCCUGGACCGAGAGUCAGGAUAAGGCCAAGUUGGGCAAGGAGGCGGGCGGAGGCUUGGCCGGCGGUCUGGACACUCUCGGCGAUCUCUAGAUAUUACAUUAAACCCACCAUCCAAAUGUAAUGUAUUGCUAAAUACCUAAGCACUGCUUUGAUUCCAGCACACUUUGUAUAUGUGGAUAAAUAAAAAAUAAAUAAAGUCCUGCGAGGGCAUUAAGUUAAAAAAA